AACAAAACUUUGAAUGAAACAGCAAUUGGACGCAAUCUGUUAAAAGAAUAUGAAGUAAGUGCUACUCUAAAACCUGAAUCUCGUCGAGCUUUAGUUAGAUUGAUUAUUGGACAUAUUCAAGAACAGCAUGGAAUAAUCCCAAGUAAAAACGUUAAAAUUUUUUAUGCAAAAGGCAUAGUGCAAACAUUUCCAACAUUACGGGAUCCCAGCACUGCAAUACAAAAAGAUUUUGAAGCUCUAAUGCCAGAACAUGCGUCCAAAUUAAUUGAAAACUGGCAGGAAUUUGAAACUAGAAUAAUUAAAGUAUCUGAGACCACAAUAAAAAAUAAGAAUAAAGAUAUUGCAUUAUGGGACAAAACUAUACAAACACUAUUUUUACUUCUGCAUCUUCUACCACCAACAGCUAAAGGAAAAAAAACGUCGAAUUGUGCAACUGUAGAUGUGGCAAUGUCACGUCUUAUAUCGUUUCAUCAGAUUGGUCUUCCACUGCCAUCCGAACAAGAACUUACAAAAAUCAAUUUACAACCAUUUCUACUAGAAGUGGGUUCUAAUCAACAAGCAAUCAGCAUUUUUUAUGUGGUCUUUGAUGGAAAGCUUUUGCCAUGUCCUCCUCACACGUCAAGUAUUAGCUCCUUUGACACUCUAUUUAAAACUCAUUAUGUAUUUGGCUGUAAAUAUGAAGAAUCAUUAGAAAUAUUCUGGAAAUUUGUGCAGAUGAUAUUCUAUGAUAUUGAUGUUCAUAAUCAUAGUUUUACUCCAACAAUGCGUGAAGUACGUACUCGUAUUUUUAAUAUAAUUAUUGAAUAAUAAACAUGGAAAGAUAUUUUUGUAGCAUAUGCAAGAAGAAAAACUUUAAUAUUCAAAAAUUAGUGUGGCAUUUACGCAACAGACAUUCUAUGCAUCUAUAUGGGAAAAAUAAUCUUUCUUGUGGACAACCGGGUUGUACAUUAAAAUUUUUUACUUUUACUGGUUUAAAAAAACAUUUGAAAAUUGCUCACAGUAAUUUUAAUCUUCAUACAGCAGAUUGGGUUAAAAGUCAAAAUAACAUUAAUCUAAAUAUACAUGAAAAUGAAAAUAAUAAUAUAAAUAUGCAAUGUGAAAAUGAAAAUGCCUGUAACAAUACUUUACAAGAAAACUGUGAAAUUGAUAUAGCACUCGUUUCUCAAACUCCUAAAAUUAAUAAAGUUAAUUGUACUACUGAUUUAAUUCUUACUAGUGUAAAAUUGAAAAGUAUUACUUGUAAUUUCGUAUCACAAUUAAUUGCAUUGGGUAUGACUGAUAAUUCUAUGAACUCUGUAAUCAAUGCAAGUACAGAAUUAAUCAUAGUGAUUGCCAACAGUGUAAAUGCUCUUCUUCAGUGUGGUCAAGUAGAUCAUGUGCAAAAUCAUCUAAAAGAUGUAUGCGGUGUAUUCGAAAGCAUUAAUUCAUCUUAUAAAAAAAAAAAAUUUUUUUCAAAAAGAAAUGGGAGUAGUACCUGUAAUUGAAAUAAAUGUUGGUACAAAAGCUGUUACAAGAUUUGAUAGAAAUACAGGUGCGAGCAAAGUUGUUUUAAUGCCAAGAACGUUUAUUUAUGUAUCAAUUAUAGAUUCUUUAAAAUUUCUGCUAGAGAACGAAACUUUGAGAAGUUUCAUAGUAAAUCCACAAUCUAUAAAUAAGAAAUAUUUUACAAAUUACACUGAUGGUUUACAUUGUAUGUCACACGAUUUAUUUUUUAAAGAUAAUCAGUCUUUAAAAAUAAUGAUUUACUAUGAUGAUUUUCAUGUUGAAAAUGCCCUAGGAAGUAAAAAGAAUAAACAUAAACUUGGAGCAAUUUAUUUUCAGCUAAAAAAUAUACCUCCUGUUUUUAAUUCUCAACAACAACAUAUUCAUUUAGUUAGUUUGUUUCAUGCUAAAAUUGUGAAGGAGUUUGGUUUUGAUGUAAUACUGCGCCCACUAAUCCGUGAUUUAAAAACAUUGGAAUCUUCUGGAAUACAUAUUGAAGGAAUAAAUAUACCUGUCAAAGGUACUAUUAUUGCCGUCAGUCACGACAAUCUUGGUGCAAACUCUUUGUAUGGUUAUACCGAAAGUUUUAAUUCUACAUAUUACUGCAGAUUUUGUUACUGUACCAAGAAUGAAUGUAAAAUUAUUACCACAGAAACCGAUAAGACAGUUCAACUUAGAACUCGUGCUUCGUAUAUAAGUGAUAUGCAAAAAUUGGAUAAUGGAACGACGAUUAGCAAAGGGUUAAAGCGUCGUUGUGCUUUGAAUGAUCUUACAUAUUUUCAUGUAACAGAGUGUCCUAGUGUAGAUUGCAUGCAUGAUAUUUUAGAAGGCUCUUUGUAACUAGUCAUUAAACUUCUUGUCAGUACGUUAAUUAAGGAAUAUAAUAUAAGUCUUGAAGAAGUAAA